AUGAGAUCACGACUUUCCCUGAAGCGCUCGCUGCUUCUGUCGACCACCCUGACGCUGGCGCUCCUGACCGCUGGCACUUUGGCUCAGGAUGACGAGACCACUACAGCAGCAGCCACUACCACUGGCGAUGAUACGGCAACGGCCACUGCCACUGGAACCGAUGAGAUGCCCACCAUAGGCCAGACGUCGGCCAACGAUGGCGAGUCCACGACGUCGACCACAUCCGACUCCUCCGCCACCAGCGACAUGCCGAGCCUGUCUACGAGUGAUAGUGAAUCUGGCGUGAACUCGGACAUGCCCACCAUAAGCACUCCCUCGGCAGGAGACACGUCCAUCCCCACGUACCCUGCAGCGAGCGUACCCCCUACGCAAAAUGCCCCUUACAUGCAGGUCUCCACGCUGCCUGACGGGACCGUCUUCAUCUGCGUUGGUGCUGUACUGGGCGCGUUCGCCCUCGCCCUCCUGCUGUGGCGCGCCAUCAUCGCGUGCUUGCUCCACCGCUCCGUCGAGAAGGCCGCCAUGGCCCAGCAUCUUGGCAACGACAAGGCCGCCUUCCCCGCGCCACCCGCCCCAUUCUACAAGUACACAGACCAGGACUCGUCGCAAAACGUCAACUCUGGGCGAGGUGUGCGCAGAACCACGAGGGGCCCCAUCCCGUCCGCGACACCUUCGCAAACGAACCUCUUCUUCUCGCCGACCGCCGGCGGCGGCAACCGGGACUCGGUCUAUCGCGAUACUCCAAACCGGGACUCAUCGUACAGGGACUCGCGCUUCCUGCCCUCUGGUUUCUACGCCGCGGGCACUUCCUCCCCACAGAAUGUCGAAGGCCACGGCCACAGCCAGUCAAUCAGCAUGACCAAUUUGCGGCCCGACUCUCGCGGACACCCUCGCGCGGUAUCCAGCCACAGCCCUCCCGAGUCUCCCGGCUUCGGCCCCCAGAGGACACCACUGCACCGGAACAAUAUGAGCAGCAGCAGCGUCAACCUCAACGCACCUCCACAGGGCGGACGGGCGCCCAGCGCCUUCCUGGACGACCUGCUUGGUGAAAACCCAGAGAUGUUCCCGCCACAGGGGACAACACCUGACGCCAGGACGGGCCCUCCUAAUGCCAACAAUCCGUACCGGCAGAGCGGGCGGUUUUAG